AUGCUCUCCACCCCUGUCAACCUCCCCAAGUGGCUGGAGGAGAACUCCCACCUCCUCAAACCGCCAAUCAACAACUACUGCGUCUACAAUGAAGACUUCACCGUCAUGAUCGUCGGCGGCCCCAACGCCAGAACGGACUACCACAUCAACCAGACCCCAGAGUGGUUCUACCAGUACAAGGGCGCCAUGAUGCUCAAGGUCGUCGACGACGGCGUCUUCAAGGACGUCAUCAUCCGCGAGGGCGACAUGUUCCUCCUGCCCGGCAACACCCCGCACAACCCCGUGCGCUUCGCCAAUACCGUCGGCGUCGUCCUCGAGCAGCGCCGUCCCGAGGGCUCGCUCGACCGCAUGCGCUGGUACUGCGAGGCCUGCCGCGAGGUCGUCCACGAGGCCGCCUUCCACUGCACCGACCUCGGCACGCAGAUCAAGGCCGCCGUCGAGGCGUUCAAGGCCGACGAGGCGGGCCGCACGUGUAAGAAGUGCGGUGUUGUUGCGGAGUCGGCGCCGAAGCCUGGUGCGAUCAAGGACCCUAACCUGGAGUGA